UUUUGAAACACAGAAAAUGAGUAUCAUCCCAGCUUGUUUAGUGCUAGUUUUAGGCUUUGCUGUCCUUAUAAAUGAUAUAAAAGCCGCUACUCCUGAAGAAACUGCUGCUAUGGCAAAAUUGAAGGAUGCUUGUGUGAAGCAAAUCGGUUUGACUCCUGAAGAGGCAAGUCUUAUUAGUGGCGCUACAGAAAUCAAAUCUGAUGGUAAGCCGGUGUCGAAGAAUUUGCAAUGCUAUGUACUCUGCUUUUACAAAAAUUUGGGUUUGAUUGAUGAGAGCGGCAAACAGAAGCCAGAGGUUAUAUACAAAUAUAUGGAACGUGUAUUUACUGAUAAAACAAAAAUUAAGCCCGCAUUGGAGAAAUGUGCUAGCGUUAAAGGAGAAAACGCUUGUGAAGUAGUUUACAAUUUUGAAAAUUGUAUUGAGGGACUUAUGUAAAUUUGUUAAGGACUUUCUAAAAA